AUGACGCAGGCGACCGAUCCGACCGUGCAGGCCUUCCCAAACCUCCACGUCUUCGACCACCCCCUCAUCCGCCACAAACUCGGAAUCGUCCGCCAGAAGGACACCCGAUACGAGCGGUUCCGGGCCCUCGUCAACCAGAUCGCCGGGCUCAUGCUCUUCGAGGUCUCCCGCGCCUUCCCCGUCGAGCCCUGCUCCGUCGACACCCCCAUGGAGAAAACCGAGGCCGUCCGCCUCGCCCGCUCCGUCACCGUCUGCCCCAUCCUCCGCGCCGGGCUCGGCAUGUCCGACGGACUCCUCGAGAUCAUGCCCGAGGCACGCGUCGGACACAUCGGCAUGUACCGCGACGAGGACACCCUCGAGCCCGUCACCUACCUCUGCAAGCUCCCCGAAAACGCCGCGAGCGGGCCCGUCAUCCUCGUCGACCCCAUGCUCGCCACCGGCGGCUCCGCCGUCGCGGCCGUCAAGAUGCUCGAGAAGCAGGGCAUCACCGACAUCCGCCUCAUCUGCCUCGUCGCCGCCCCCGAGGGCGUCCGCACCAUGCACGAGCACUGCCCCGACGUCCCCAUCUACACCGCCGCCCUCGACCGCCAGCUCAACGCCGACGGCUUCAUCCUCCCCGGCCUGGGCGACGCCGGCGACCGCCUCUUCGGCACCAAAUAG